GUUGCCGUUGGGCUGGUUUGCCAGUACCUCCUCCGACCCUGCGCCUCCGACUCUCUGAAGUGCAAUGUCCCGCCUGCUGCACGCAGAGGAGUGGGCUGAAGUGAAGGAGUUGGGGGACCACCAUCGCCAUCCCCAGCCGCACCACCUGCCGCAGCCGCCGCUGCCGCAGCCACCUGCGACCCUGCAGGCAAGAGAGCAUCCCGUGUACCCGGCCGAGCUGUCCCUCCUGGACAGCACCGACCCACGCGCCUGGCUGGCUCCUACUUUGCAGGGCAUCUGUACGGCACGCGCCGCCCAGUACUUGCUGCAUUCCCCGGAGCUGGGUGCCUCCGAGGCUGCGGCGCCCCGGGAGGAGGCGGACAGCCGGGGGGAGCUCGUGAGGAGGAGCGGCGGCGGCGGCGGCGGCGGCAGCAGCAGCAAGAGUCCCGGGCCAGUGAAAGUGCGGGAACAGCUGUGCAAGCUGAAAGGCGGGGUGGUGGUAGACGAUCUGAGCUGCAGCCGCCAGCGCGCCCCUUCCAGCAAACAGGUGAACGGGGUGCAGAAGCAAAGGCGGCUGGCGGCCAACGCCAGGGAGCGACGCAGGAUGCACGGGCUGAACCACGCCUUCGACCAGCUGCGCAAUGUUAUCCCGUCCUUCAACAACGACAAGAAGCUGUCCAAGUAUGAGACCCUGCAGAUGGCCCAGAUCUACAUCAACGCCUUGUCCGAGCUGCUACAAACACCCAGCGGCGGGGAGCAGCCACCGCCGCCGCCAGCGUCUUGCAAGAGCGACCAUCACCAUCUUCGCGCCGCCGCCCCCUACGAGGGCAGCGCGGGCACCGCGACCGCUGCGGGGGCCCAGCCCGCCUCGGGAGGGGGCCCCCGGCCGGCGGCGCCCGGAAACUGCCGGACUCGCUUUUCCGCCCCGGCCUCCGCGGGAGGAUAUUCGGUGCAGCUGGACGCUCUGCACUUCUCGACUUUCGAGGACAGCGCCCUGACGGCGAUGAUGGCGCAAAAGAACCUGUCGCCUUCGCUGCCCGGGGGCAUCCUGCAGCCAGUGCAGGAGGAAAGUAGCAAAACUUCGCCCCGGUCCCACAGAAGCGACGGGGAGUUUUCCCCCCAUUCCCAUUACAGUGACUCAGAUGAGGCAAGUUAGGAAGCUGACAGAAACCCUGAAAACUGAGACAGAAACAAAAUCGCCCUUUCCCAAUGCGCGGGAAGCCCCGCCGUUAAAGAUCCCCGCACCCUUUUAAUUUUUGCUCUGCGAUGGUCGUUGUUUAGCAACGACUUGGCUUCAUAUGGCAGCUAUAUUUGAUGGUUUGCAAAAGCCGCCGCUAUUCCAAACUUCCUCGGGUCCACAUUGUUUGAUGAAAACUUGGUGUUAAAGUUGUGUUCUUUUCUCCCACCUUCCGCUCCCCCUGUAGAUAGAUGAGGUAUAAUUGUAUGUACCCAAAUAUGGCAUCAUUAUUCUAGUUCCCUGCUGCCAAUACGCUGCUAAAACGUCGCAUUUUCUUCUCUGUCGCUGGUUUGUGUUUUAAUUUAUUUUAUGCCCUGGGCAUUCAUCCCUGUGUGUUGCCCGCACUCACGUGUGGGAGAGUUAGUAUUCCGAAGUGUCGUCUCAAAAUAAAUAAUGAAACGCAAAGGUGAUGGCUCCAAAGUGAAUAACUUGUGGCUAUGGAACGGUUAGAAAACAGGGAACGCUUAGGUUUAUAUAUUGUAUAAACAUACCCAGUAUGUAUAUCGGAUCGCGAUAAUGUUGGCGUCUUUUAGGAAACGGCGCACGCACUUUAUCAGCCGCUCCUGCCGCGGCUCCAGGACAAACUCAGCUGCCAAUUGCAGACCAGUUUUGUGUUGUUGUUGUUGUUUUAGACACGGCCACUUAUAAUCCUUUAAGCUCUUUGCAAAUGUUUGUUUAAAAAAUUAAAAUUAAAAAAAAAGCCAGUAGUGUCAAAGCAUUUCGUCAAUUAUAUUUUGCUUU